CCGGGCCAUGGCCAGGCUUCCGAGCCACGCUGCUCCGGGGAGAGCCCCUCUCUGCCUCUGAGCGCCCGCCACCUCCGCAACCCGGCCGCGUCCGGGAUCUCCCAGCCCCUGUCCGGUCUUCUGUCCGUCUGUCGGUCUGUCCUGGCUCGGAUGGACCCGCCGAGGCUGCCCGGGCGUCCAGGGGUCCCGCUUCCCGAGUUAGUCCUGCUCUUUGUCUACGCAGACAAUUGCCUUGCUCAGUGUGGCAAAGACUGCAGAUCUUAUUGCUGUGAUGGAACCACACCCUACUGUUGCUCCUACUACGCCUAUAUUGGGAAUAUUCUCUCGGGCACUGCGAUCGCUGGCAUUGUGUUCGGAAUCGUGUUUAUCAUGGGGGUCAUUGCCGGGGUCGCCAUCUGCGUCUGCAUGUGCUUGAAGAACAACCGAGGGACCCGGGUGGGCGUCAUCCGAGCCACACACAUCAAUGCCAUCUCCUCCUACCCUGUGGCACCACCGCCCUACACUCACGACCAGGAGAUGGAGUAUCGUGCGGACUUGCCUCCUCCAUAUUCCCCAACACCACAGGCUUCGGCACAGCGCUCGCCACCCCCUCCUUACCCUGGAAGUUCAAGGAAGUAACCCUUCUCUCACAACAGAAUAAGGGCCAGCCAGUGAUCUUGCCCAGAGUAAAAUGUUUCUACUCAGAAACAGGCAAGAAAGGAUUGUUCUAGGAAUACUUUUGGGGCCAGAUGUGGACCACCCAUGCUGAAGGAUGCAGGAUUGCUACCCUGCUCAGAGCUAACCCCGCGUGGAGAAUUAUGGAACUGCAUUUUAAGACAUCUCCCGGAUCCACGUAAGCACAUUCAGGAAAAAGUAGUAAGAUUGACAGGACACCUGACAGUCAUGCUAAGCACUAGGUGAAGGAUAUUCCAGUACUGAUGAAGGCAAGAGAAUAAUGGCCUGGUCUACAAAGAAACAGCUUUAUUCUAUGCAGUUUUAAAAGUCAAAACUAGAGUUUUCCUUUCUUUCAUUCAUCAAUAAAUGUAUAUUGAGUGCCUGAGAGCUUUCUAUUUGCCUGGCACGGUUUGAGGCACUGGAUGGAAAUUACCAGGAGGGUAGUUUGGUUUUAGUAUAGGCAUACCUCAUUCUAAUGCACUUUACUAUAGUGUAGUUUGUGGAUCCUCUGCGUCUUACAAACUGAAGGUUUGUGGCAACCUUGCAACAAGCAGCCCCAUUUUCCCAUCGGCGUGUGCCCAAAUGCAUCUUCUAUUUCACAUUUUUGCAAUUUUUCACUAGUAUUUUAUCCGUUAAGAUGUCUAUCGUCAGUAACCUUUGGUAUCACUGUACCACGAACCAUGCCCAUAUAAUAAAUUGAUAAAUAUCGUGUAAGUUCUAACUGCUUCACCAACCAUUCCUCAUCUCUUUCCCUCUCCUUGGGCUUCCCUAUUACCCAAGACACAACAAUAUUGGAAUUAGACCAAUUAAUUAAGUGUUCAAGUUGACAGGAGUUACACAUCUGUCGCACACGGCUAGAAAUGAGUACGCCAAGUGAGAAGAGCACGUAGAAGGCUGAGAUGGACUAAAAGCUAGGCCUUUGUGCCACAAACGAAAAGUUCUUCACUGAAGAAAAUACAUGGUACUCCAGUGAACAUCUGAAUGAUAAGAAAGAAAAUAGCUUUAUUGCUAGCGUGGAGAAAGUUUUAGUGGUCUGGAUGGAAAAUCAAACCAACCACAUUUUCUCAAGCCAAAUCCUUGCCCCAAGCAAAGCUCUGGCUUUCUUUGGUUCAGUGAAGGCUGAGAGAGGAGCAGACGCUGCAGAAGAAAAGUUGGAAACUAACAGAGCUUGGUCUGUGGGGCUUAGGGACAGAAGCCUUUUCUUUCCAUCGCACAAAAGUGCAAGUGAAGCAGCAACUGCUGAUGUAGAAGAAGCUGCAGCAAGUCACAGAGAAGAUCAUAGAAUAGUUACACUGAGCAAUAAAUUUUCAGUGUAGUUGAAACUGCUUUAUAUGGGAAGAAGAUGCCACCCAAGACUUCUAUAGUGAGACAAUGUCUAGUUUCAAAGCUUCAAAGGAAAAGCGGAUUCUCUUGUUGGGGCUGUUGCAGGUGGUGACUAAGCUGAAGCCAGUUCUCAUUUAUCAUUUCUCAAACCCUAAAGCCCUUGGGAAUUAUACUAGUUGCACUCUCUGCGGCCUAACAAGAAAGCCUGUUUACAGCAUGGUUUAUUGAGGAAGUUAAGCUGCUGAAACUUACCACUCAGGAAAAAUGAUGCCUAUCAAAACUUACUGCUCAUUGACAAUGCAUCUCAUUACCGGAGAGCUUUGAUGGAGAUAUACAAGAAGAUUAACGUUGUAUUCAUGCCUGCUAUACAAAAUCCUUUCAGUGCCUUAUGGAUCAAGGAGUAAUUUCUUCUUUUACAUCUUAUUUAAUAAAUACCUUUCAUGAGGCUGUAGCUGCCAUAGAAAGUGAUGCUUCUGAUGGAGCAGGGAAAAGUAAAUAGAAAGCCUUCUGGAAAUUAUUCAUCAUUCUAAACGACAUCAUAAUGAUUCAUGAUUCAGGGAAGGAGGUCAAAAUAUCACCGUUCAUAAGUUUGCAAGAAGCCAAUGCCAAACCUCAUGGAUAAUUUUGACAAGUCCCGAUUUUAUUAGAGGAAGUGAGUGCGAAUGUGGUGUACGUAGCAAGAGAACUGGAUGAGAAGUGCAGCCUGAAGACACCACUGGAUUGCUGCCAUGGCUGACAAAGCAUCCACAGGUUCGGGGCUGCUUCUGGCAGAUGAGAGAAAUGGCUUCCUGCCGUGGACUCUCCUUCUAGUGAAGACGCUGUGAAUGUUGUAAUGUCAACAAAACACUGGAAGUAUGACAUUUACUGGACAAAUCAGCAGCACGGUCUGAGAGAAUUCACUCCAAUUUUGAAAGAUUUUUUACUGUGGAUAGAAUGCUGUCAGCAUUGUAUGUUUUGGAGAAACACGAAGGAAAGUCCAUCCAUGCAGCAAAUUUCAUUGUUAUCUUAUUUUAAGAAAUUGCCACAGCCUCCACAGUCCUCAGCAACCACCACUCUAAUCAGUGUGCAGCCAUCAAUAUGGAGUUAAAUGCUUCCACCAGAGAAAGGAUUAUGACCCACUAAAGCCCCAGAUGCUCAUUAGCACUUUUCAGCAGUAAAGCAUGUCAAUUAAGAUAUAUACAUUGAUUUUUUUAAACAUAACACUAUUAUCCACUAAAUAGUAUAGUGUGAAUAUAGGUUUAAUAUGCACUGGGAAACUAAAAAAUUUUGAAUGACUCACUUUAUUGGGAUGUUUGCUUUAUUGUGGUGGUCUGCAACUGAAAUUGUCAUAUCUCCAAGGUAUGCCUAUAGGAAAAGGAGUUGUUGGAGCUUUCUUAUUGACUAGAUUGCUUUGUGAAGCUCCCGGUUAACAAAACUUCAAACAAAAUCUUGACAUCUCAUAAAGCAAUGCUCUAGAAGAGAUACAUAAAUUAAAUGGUAGAUGGGUCCACUGGGCCUCAAAAAUUCCACUCAAAUGUUUAGGUAGUGUAAAUUUCUGUAUCUCUGGCAGUAAAAACAAAAAUUGAAUGUUGUUUACUUAAUUUCAGAGUUAAAUUAGGAUCAAAGAGACUCAACAGUUGCUAGAAGCCAAGAGCUCUUCAAUGCCAACUACCGCUGCCUAAAUGCUGGCCUUAGUCAGGGGAUUUUCAUGGUUAUCCCAACUGUAGGGAGAAACUGAAAGAAGUUUUUCAGGCAAUGAAUACUUCAAGGGUAAGAUAAGAAGCUAAAUAUUCCAAUGGAUUUUAUAUUAGGUAGCAAAUAUCUCAGAACUUGAUCACAAAAAUAUACAACAGGUUUACAAAAAGAAAAGGAAAAAAUAAAAUUGGAUUCCAUUCACAUAUAACUGAGCCAUAAUGUUGUUCUGGUUUUAUAAAAUUUUGAUAGUUGGUUCUCUUGAAAAAGUUUCACAGUUGAUAAAAAUAAUAAGAUACUGCAAUCAAUGAUAAGAUACUGGGCAUCAAUGGUUGCAAGACUUACGAAGUGCCUACCUUUGGAUGUAAAAGCAUUUAAUAAAUAAUUCCCAUGUGGCAUAUUUUGCUGAAAAAGACCUUAACAUAUAUUUGUGUAUUUAAAAACUGUAUGCUGGACAUUGGAAAUAGAUGAUCAGGCAUUUUUGUCACUUUGCCAUUAAACUUAAAAUGUUUAAUGUCAUCAUAAUUUAAUGAAAUCCAAAAAUUAGAAGAAUUUUGCUGAAUAAAACAAUCAAAGGGAAUAUCCCAAACUAUAAGUUACAGUAUCUGUACUUAUAAUUUAGAAACUUAGUAUAAGUAGUUUGUUUUACUUUUACAUGCCACCCUAGAAUACAUUGAUCUGACUGAAGACAGUCUAAUUCUGAGUGAGUUCUAAAGGCUAGAUUUAUUCUGAAUGGCUUGUUUGAUUUUUAGAUAUUGACAGUGUUCUUAUGAAGAUGCAAAGUAUUCAAAAGUUCAUGCCUGUUCUAGGAAAAGCCUCCGUAACUCACAUAAACUAUUUAGCACCUAGGAGUAUAUAUGCUUUAUUUCUUUUCUGCAAGUGUGAUCAGACCCAGUUUCACUGCAGCUGAUGUGCCUCUGAUUUUGAGAAUGUUGACUGCAAGUACACUAUGUAUUCCUUAAGAAAAAUGGGGAGAGAAGACCAUCAGAAAGUUGAAUUCUCAUCAUCUUCACCUCCAGUAAACACUCAUUGUGAACCUUUUAUAUUCUGUAAUUACCCACAGAGGAGCCAUUUGAGUCCACAGCAUAUCUCUUCUUUGUGUUAAGACCUCUCCUAAUGCAUACCACAAACCAAUAUUCCUACAAUAGAUGAGUAUUUUUACUAUUUGUAUUUAGUGACACAAAAGCAUAACUAUGCACAUUAUAGAUUUUUUAAGUUCACUGAUCAUUUUCAUAGAUGCAUUUUGUGGAAAAUAAUAUAUGAUGUGAAAGCUUUCAAUUGGGUUAUUUAUGAACUAACAUAUUUUCU